CCUUUGCUUCACUCAUCCGCUCAUCAAAGUGCGCAGCUCAGCAUCAGCGCAAGAUUGGAUGACAUCGAGGCAAGAUCCAUCUGGGAGUGGAGAGGGAAGCACUCAAGGCGCGCAAGGCAGCAGCAUGGCGCAAGGUCCUCCCUCGCCCACGCGUAGACAACCAAAUCGACGUCGCUCCUCUCUUAUGCGAUGGCAGCAAGCAACAGCCUCCUCCUCUUCGCCCACCUCCCCCUCGAACGACCCAAAUGCCCCUCGCUCGCACGACUUUGCCACCCAGUCGCGUCCUCCCUCUUAUCCCUCCCGCCCUUCCUACCUACAACGUCUCUCCUCACGCGCCUCCAGUGGAGCCCCAUCCGAAGCAUCCUUCGCCGGUGGAGCAGGAGAGGUGUACCACGAGGCCCGCAGAGUCUUCGGGCGCGGCACUCCCUCGCCGUACUUUAUGGCGGCGGUCUCUUUUCUCACAAGUCUGGUGCAAGGUCUCCCUCUCGCGAGUAUGUUCAAGGUCUACACCUACCUGGUGUGCGAGGUGUACGAGGGCGGAAGAAUAGAAGCAGACGAGGCCAAGGGUAGGCUCACACUGCUGGGCAUCAACAUUCCCAAUCCGCCCACAUUGCCUCACCCGCCGCAGUGUAAUGAUCCUCAAGUCGCCAAGACGACUUCGGCUUACGCGGCAGCGAUGGCGACCGGUGGGGCGCUGGUUGCCCUCGUGCUGCUCAACCGCGUCACCCGCUUGUCACGCCGAGUGGGAAGGAAGCCCAUGCUCCUCAUCCCCUGCUUAGGGCUGGCGCUGGGCUUUGCCUCCUUUCGACUGGCAGUCGCCCUCCCCUCCCCAUAUGCCGGCGCAGCCGUGCUGGCAAUCGCCAUUGUCUGCCUCGAGGCAAGCGCGGCAGGCCCACUUAAGGUAGGACUGCAGAGCUACGUAGUAGACACGACGACGGAGUCACAACGCGCGGCUGCGUUAGGCUUCAUAGAUGGAGCAGGCCAGCUCGGCGCCUUCCCCUCCUCUACACUCGGUGGAUUCCUUGCUGCGAUCACGGGCCAAUUCUUUGCACCCUUCUACGUCGCUGUGGGUCUUGCGGCGCUCACGUUCUUCUAUGUUCUCGUGCUGGUGCCGGAGAGUAAGCGCCAUCGGAUGCAUACCUUCAUUGACGAUUGGGAGCACAGCGCUGAAACGGAGGGAAGAGAGGCGCGGGGCCAUGGGGAUGCGGGCCAGAGGCAGGCGGAGGAGAGCCAGCAGCAGCAGCAGCAAGACGGCCCCGCAGCAGACGGCGACGAGGAGCAAGCACGCCAGCCCGCUUCUCGACGGGCAAGCUACCAACCCAGCGACACGGGCGGCUCAGACGACCAGUCAGCCUGGACGGCCACUGACCUUGGCACAGAACCCAUCAGUCGCAGCAGGGCUUGGUUGCGUCGCCUCAACUUCCUCGCACCUCUCGCCAUCUUCGCCCCUCGCCGCUCCCACCCAAACGCACGCCUGGACUGGCGUUUACCCAAUCUUGCCCUCAUCGUCGUGCUGGAGGAAAUCUAUCAAGUCUUCCUCGUCCCCAUGCUCCUGCUGUACAACUCCGACGUACUGGGCUUCGACGUCCUUUCCAAUGGCUACCUCGUCUCCCUCCUGCAGGGCUGUAGAGCCCUCUUCCUCACAGCCGUCUUCCCGCCAGCGGUUGCAGCCGCGAGACGGUGGGUGUCUGCGCAUGUGCAGAGGCGGAGGAGUGAACAGAAGAGACGGAGGAAGGAGAGGGCGAGGAAGAAGGCGAAUGGGAGUCAGGCAAGGGGGGAGGAAGAGCCGCUGCUAGGUGGGGCGGCCCAAGAGAACGAAAGCAAUGGCGUGGCCAAUGGCGCGCCGCGCGAAGAGGACGCUAGCUCUGAGUUCACGUCAACGACUGCUGUGGCCAAGGCAGAGGAGCGCGGAAAGCUCGACAUCUUCCUGAUGGUUGGCUCCUACGCCCUCGCCACGGGCUCAUUCCUUACCCUAGCCCUCUCCAACCGCCUCUCCUCCUCGAACAGCAGCACCCCAGCCCGAUUCUCUCCCUGGCUCUUCCUUUGCCUGGGCAUCGUGGGCAUUCAACUCGCCUCCGGAGCAACAUCAGUUCGAACAGCCCUCAUCGUCAAUUCGGUCUCCUCUCCCCAGUCGGCCCACUCGAACCACGAUCAAUCUCGCGCCCUGGCAGCGAAUCAGGUCCUCUGCAGUGCAGUGUACGCCACCAUGCCGCUCAUCACUAGUCUGGUGUAUGGUGCGGGUCUGGCGAGGAAAUGGCCUGAGGCGGUCUGGCUCUUCAAGGCUGGGUUUGCAGGGAUGGCUUGUGUGGCGAGUCUGGGGUUGUUCGUUACGCAUCGGGCGCCGAGGGAGGGGACAACAGGGCAUAGUGAGGAGCAGCAGGAGGAUUAGCAUGGUGCGCUUUGUCUUGCAAUCAGAAAAUCAAGUCAGCAUGUCA